AUGAAACUCUUAGCACAAGUUCAGUUAUUUAAGCGUGCAACAUUUCUUGAGUAUGUGUGUCGAGCCUUCGACACAGCUGAUUCAGUAACCAGUUCCCUGCUGUCGUUCACACUCACUGCUUACACUGCCAUGGUGACAAUUGGACGAGACAAGUACCCGUGUAAUCUAGAUGUGACCUCUUUCUGCUUUUUAAAACUUCUUUCUGGACAAUUGAAAAUGGAUUAUUUUUGGAAAAGACCAGACAACACUGUCCUCAAAGCUCUGCGACUCCUCAGAGCAGUGGCAGGACGCCUCACCCCCAUCCCAGGUACCUCGGGGACCACAAAGGUCCUCCAGUGCAUUGAGCGCGUCGAGGCUGCCCCAGUCCUCACCUCCGCAGCUAUCCGCAAGCCCCCCCAGUCCCGCCCUCGGAGGCCUCUAAGCCCGUCCUCACUGCAGCGGUCCGCGCUGUGGGACCCCGGCGGGCUCGGUGGGCCCCGCGCAGGCAGAGUCCUGGUGUCACAGGCGUGGACCGACGCCCCGGGCCCAGAAGCUGGGAAGGAGAAGCCCUCCUUCCCUCCGGUCUCUGCCACCGAUCACCGCUUCCCAGCAGACCAACCCGAGGAAGGCGGCCGGGCACAGGACCCAGCCCGGGGCGGCCUGCUGCUGCUCCCACCGCAGCAGAUCGGAGCCGAGCAGAGGAAGAGCGAGCGGGGCAGCCAGGGCCUCGGGCCCCUCUGCUCCGCUCCCCGCACUGCGGACAGGCCGACCGCCCUGAGCCCCGCCUGGCACUUCACGCCCUAA